CCGAGCCCGCGCAGGGCGCAGCGGCCGAGCCAGGAGCGAGCGCAGCCUCGUGCCCGUCGCCCGUCCCCGUCGCCGCCUCGUCCCCGCCGCCGCCGCCGCCCCCGGGGCAUGGCCUGUCUGAUGGCCGCUUUCUCGGUCGGCACCGCCAUGAAUGCCAGCAGUUACUCUGCAUCAAUGACGGAGCCCAAGUCCGUGUGUGUCUCGGUGGAUGAGGUGGUCUCCAGCAACAUGGAGACCACCGAGAAGGACCUGCUCAACGGGCACCUGAAAAAAGUGGACAACCAUCUCACCGAGGCCCAGCGCCUGUCCUCCUUGCCUCGGAGGGCGGCUGUCAACAUUGAAUUCAAGGACCUUUCCUACUCGGUCCCAGAAGGACCCUGGUGGAGGAAGAAAGGGUACAAGACCCUUCUGAAAGGGAUUUCUGGGAAAUUCAACAGUGGGGAGCUGGUGGCCAUCAUGGGCCCUUCCGGGGCCGGAAAGUCCACGCUCAUGAACAUUCUGGCUGGAUACAGGGAGACGGGCAUGAAGGGCUCCGUCCUCAUCAACGGCGUGCCCCGCGACCUGCGCUGCUUCCGGAAGGUGUCCUGUUACAUCAUGCAGGACGACAUGCUGCUGCCCCACCUCACCGUGCAGGAGGCCAUGAUGGUAUCCGCACACCUAAAGCUCCAGGAGAAGGAUGAAGGCAGAAGGGAGAUGGUCAAGGAGAUCCUGACGGCUCUGGGCUUGCUGGCUUGCGCCAACACACGGACCGGAAGCCUCUCGGGCGGCCAGCGCAAGCGCCUGGCCAUCGCGCUGGAGCUGGUGAACAACCCUCCGGUCAUGUUCUUUGACGAGCCCACCAGCGGCCUGGACAGCGCCUCCUGCUUCCAGGUGGUCUCCCUGAUGAAAGGCCUGGCCCAAGGCGGACGGUCCAUCAUCUGCACCAUCCACCAGCCCAGCGCCAAGCUCUUCGAGCUGUUCGACCAGCUUUAUGUCCUUAGCCAAGGACAAUGUGUGUACCGGGGAAAAGUCUCCAAUCUUGUACCAUAUUUGAGGGAUUUAGGUCUGAACUGCCCAACCUACCACAACCCAGCCGAUUUUGUCAUGGAGGUGGCAUCCGGCGAGUACGGCGAUCAGAGCGGCCGCCUGGUGAGAGCCGUCCGGGAGGGCAUGUGUGACUCCGACUACAGGAGAGAGCCAGGGGCGGAUGCUGAGGUGAACCCCUUCCUUUGGCACCGGCCCUCUGAAGAGGUAAAGCAGACAAAACGAUUAAAGGGGCUCAGAAAGGACUCCACGUCCAUGGAAGGCUGUCACAGCUUCUCGGCCAGCUGCCUCACCCAGUUCUGCAUCCUCUUCAAAAGGACUUUCCUCACUAUCAUGAGGGAUUCGGUCCUGACGCACCUGCGGGUCACAUCUCACAUCGGCAUUGGCCUGCUCAUCGGCCUGCUCUACCUGGGGAUCGGGAACGAAGCCAAGAAGGUCCUGAGUAACUCCGGCUUCCUCUUCUUCUCCAUGCUGUUCCUCAUGUUCGCAGCUCUCAUGCCCACCGUGCUCACAUUUCCCCUGGAGAUGGGCGUGUUUCUUCGGGAACACCUGAAUUACUGGUACAGCCUGAAGGCGUACUACCUGGCCAAGACCAUGGCCGACGUCCCCUUCCAGAUCAUGUUCCCAGUGGCCUACUGCAGCAUCGUGUACUGGAUGACGUCACAGCCGUCCGACGCCGUGCGGUUCGUCCUGUUUGCUGCGCUGGGCACCAUGACAUCGCUGGUGGCACAGUCCCUGGGCCUGCUGAUCGGCGCUGCCUCCACAUCCCUGCAGGUGGCAACCUUCGUGGGUCCUGUGACGGCCAUCCCCGUCCUCCUCUUCUCAGGAUUUUUCGUCAGCUUUGACACCAUCCCAACCUACCUGCAGUGGAUCUCAUACAUCUCCUAUGUCAGGUACGGGUUCGAAGGGGUCAUCCUCUCCAUCUACGGCCUCGACCGAGAGGACCUGCACUGUGACAUCGACGAGACCUGCCACUUCCAGAAGUCAGAGGCCAUUCUGAGAGAGCUGGACGUGGAGAACGCCAAACUCUACCUGGACUUCAUUGUCCUGGGCAUUUUCUUCAUCUCCCUGCGCCUCAUCGCCUAUUUUGUCCUGAGGUACAAAAUCCGGGCAGAGAGGUAAAGCACCUGCAUGCCAGAAAAGAAGAGAAUUAGACAUUGUUGCCAAGAGCAACUUGUAGAAUCGUGGCAGCAAGCCUGUGCCCGCAGACAAAGGGACAACUGUGACCCAACCCUGCGCCACCACACCUGGUUUGCGGGUGCCAAGUGUUCGACUGCCCUGCCCACCUGGGUGGGGUCUUCUCUCCAUUACCUUUCUAGCUUUAACUAGGAAGAAGAUGUAGAAAGGAUUUUUUUUACAUGCAGAAUUUAAAAAUACCACAACUGGGGCAGAAUUUAAAACUGCAACAAAGCUGGUGACAAGAGGCCUCCUCGGUGAAAUUCUUCCUUAUGACCAGGUGACGCCGGUCCCAGAUGGGGACGCGAGCAGCCCCUCCCCUGGUCGCUGUGCAGGGAGACGUCCUAGGGGAGAAAGGCGAAGCGUGGAGUGGUUCCAUCUGAGGACUGUUGUUUUUCAUAGUUUUCGUCUUUCUACGGUUUGUCUCUUUUUCCAAGGAGAAAUCAUUUUCCAAACCAAAAGUUGAUGAAUUUCAUUCAUUUUAAGAAGCUGUAUCUUUUUAGUACUUGUUAAAGAGAAUUAUUCAGGGUAAAUAACAUGCUUUGUUUAGAGUUAUAAGGGAUUUCGCUGAGUCACUGAGCUGGCCUCACGUAUAGUCAGAACCAGGGCAGGUUCCAAGCUGAGAAGAGCCUCUGGAACUGUAUGUGUUAAUCUGUGUAGAAAUUUCAAAAAGUUGUACAAAAAGUUGUAAGGUGAAAUUGGCCGACUCUGUCAAAGUCUUUUAUUUUCCCCAUGCUUUUUAUUUUAAGCCAAAUACAUUGCUUCUUUCUUCCUAACUCUCUGAGCACCUUAAUUUUGCCUCAGAAAAAUCCAGAAGAUCAACCCUGUUGAGUUUUUAUGAAUGUUUUCCCUUUCCUCAUAUCUCACAUCAGCUACCUCCACUGAACCUGAGAAAGCCGGGCUUAGGGACACUCCCGGUGUGAACACUGAGAGGUCUACAGGUGUGGCCGGUGGAAGGCUACCUGCACGACAGGGGAAGAAGCUGAGGCCUCAUUAGACUCCAAGGCCUUUGCAAGAAGCCAGCAGACACUCAGUGCAGCCGAGGCAUCUGCAGCUCGAUCAAACACUGAAUGCCCUUGGAGCCGUGUGCGACUCCGUCUCCCCAGCCCAGCUCUUGCAGCCCUCAGCUGCACCACUGUCUCAAUGUUGGGUUGGUGUAGGCUCCGCAGACUGGACAUCCCUUCUUGCCUGUGACGUAAUCACAUAAGUGAAUCUCUCUCGGGCAGGAACAGUGGGCGUAUCUGCAGGGUAAACGGCCUUGAGUUCCCAAUAGAGCACCUGUGUGCUUGUCAGCUGUCAGAGACAGUGUGACUACAGGGUGGGAGGUGAUUCUGGCCAAAGAAGGUCAGCUGAGAGCAUCGCUGUCCUGGAAUCAGGGUCUCCUAAUGAAAGGUGGUGUUUUUGUAGGCAAAUUCAUGGGCCUCUCUGACCCUCGGUUUCUUCUUCUGUAAGUGGUAGCACUAGUUAGUCUUCAAGGCCGUUUUCAGCUCUAAGAUUCUGCGGUCCUGCUCCCAAACCUCUCAUUUCCUACUCCAGAGAGCAAAAGGAGUUAAACUUUUACUUACACACGGAUUUGAUGUGCAGAUGCUUAGAUAUCCCCCUUUCACCCUUAGAUCCUUUUUAGGAAGCAUAGUCAAGAUAUAUUAAAACGUAAUUUUCAGUUUGCUUGUCCUACACAAAUAUAGCUUUGCCUUCCAGACUCAGUUAUUUAACCAGGGUCAAACGUAGCCCUUAUAAAAAGUCUUCAUUUAAUUUCCAGACACAUUUGCCUGUAAGACAUCACGCAUGGGCACAGCCCCAGGAAUACAGAGUUGGGGAAAUGAGAAAGCCUUGAUCAUGCUCAGUUACAUCAGGCGAGGCCAGUAUUUAAAGACCUCUGUCCCUCCCAGUAAGCCCUUCCUGUCAGCUGUGGCUCUGUGACCCUACUAAGGACAAGCAUGCCAAGCACUGCACUGAGUAGGGCCGACCCCUCCACUCCACAGGCAGCUUCAUCUCAUUCGAUGAGCCCACAGUGUUGGGUCUCAGAAAUUUCAGAAGGAAACGGUGAGAUUCCUCUAGAUUGAAAAUCUGGUUCCCAAGCCCUCAGAAGGAAUCAUUUCUGUAGGAGUUCAUGUUCCCUGCAUUUCAAUUUUCCACUGUUAACAGAUUGUAUUCAUCCCUUAAUAGAUGAGGAACUGAUUGAGGGUCCCCCAAAGGGCAGAUCUUCGGGGACGUGAGGGCUGCCAGGCUGCUAGAAGGGAAACCCACAUGCAGCGUAACACAGGGUUGUUUUCUAAGGCUGCUACCUGGAGUGGAGUGCGUAUACUGUCCGCACCCAGGGCGAUUCCCCUACGAAGACCUAAAGCCAUGCUGAGUGAGGGUGUGUCUGUCAUCUGUAGGGUGCUAGCCCUCUUCAGCCAUCAGCUAGUGCCCCCGGCUUGUGUUUUUCAUUAGCGACCCUUACUAGCAUUUACUCAGAUGCGGCUGCUCUGUUUAGAUCUGCAGAUGUUUGCCCUCCGUCUUUUGUUUUAGGGUAAGUUGAUAAAACGCCUUAUUCCAAGGGCCUAAGAUCGCCUCCAAACAACUGGUUGACUUAUUUUUCCAAACAGUUGUGGCUGAGAGGUAGGUGGCUUUCAUACAUUCGCAUUUCAGCAGGCCAGCUCCCCAAAUCUGAUUCUUUUAAGUGAUUUCUGAAUGUAAUGCCUUCUUCUCUGUUGGAGCAUCUGGAUUUAGAAGGAAGGAUGAAGGCUUGGAUCAAGAGAUGCCUGGUCUGUCCGGCUGUUGGCAGAGGGGAAAGCGGCUGAGAAGUCCACUUUUGUCAGGAGAGAAGGGGGCAUCGUGGGAUUCAAACCUCCGCCCCUGUCCUGUGACAGUGUCAGCCCCAUGUUGGGAACCUGUCACCUCUGUCCCCACUCAGAGUACUUCGUGCCCCCCUUUCUCUUAGGCUUCCUGAAUAUCAGCUGGAGAAUUCAAUUCUCCCAAAGUUCCUUUGUGGGUGAAGGGACACUCUCCCCAGGAAGGGAAGGAAACCAGUGUAAUCAUUUACACGGAAGCCGCUGAAUCUGAUUAAGUCACCUUAGGGAAGGGACCUUCAGGCCUGGAAAGGGCACAUAAGCUUCUAGGUGAAAACUCAUCCUAGAGACAGACUCGUGGCGAGGUUAUUCCCCGCCCUGAGAAAGGCAUCACCAGGCGGCCAGGGGCAGGCCCUGCCACGAGGGAGGAAUCACCUUUGGUUUGUUUGGCUGAGAAGAGAAAUAAGUCAAGUUCCAGUGUAUUAAGCACCAUUCCUUCUGAGAGUUCUGGGCACCACGCUGGGUGUCUCACGAAUUCCCCUGUUUGUUUACUCAGUAAGCAUGGAUUGACCAUCCCCACGUGCUUGGUGCUGUCCUAGGCACUGGGGACUCGGAGGAGGGGACUCAGCCGUGGGCCUGCCCUCCGGUGCGGCAGGCAGGCGGGGACGCAGGACCCUAUCGCUCUGUUCACUCUGGAGACGCAGGUCGCAGAGGCCGGGAGAGGGUCAGGAAGGUCCCCCGUCCCAGGGCCAGAAAAGAGCGGAGCUAGAACUCGAGCCCCAGGCUGACCCCCAAGCCUCCACUUUUUUGCUUUGCCACAUUGCCUCUGUUCAUACUGUACAAAUGUACAUGAAAAUACUUUUUAGAUAUAAAAUGCAAUACUAGCUUAAUGGCUGCUAUUCAUUCUGGACUUGCUGUCACCAAACAGAUCGCUGAGAUGGGAGGAUGGCCCGUGCCUCUUCCCCUCAACUGCCUGGCACAGGGCACUGAGCUGGCCUGAGGGCUGCUGGCCUGGGGGCUGAGCUGACCCCUGUCUCGGUGGAGUGGUGCCUUUUUCUUGCUUUACUCCGAGAAGGAAAUGAAAAACGCCCUGACUUCAGGCCUGCCAUGCAGAUGGCAAAAGCAUAGUCAAACCCCGCUAAGGCUUCCAUCCAACGCCAGCUAAAUUAGAAUGAGACAAAAAGUAAAAAAAACCCAAACAAACAAACAAAACAAACCAAACAGCCCAGUGGGGUGGGGGGAGGUGCAGAGAGUAUGAAUAUAAAGUUACUUUUAAGGAAUGAAGACUGCUAAUAAAAUAUUUCAUAUAAAGCUUUUUCUUGAGUUCACUGUUAAAUCCUUCAAACUCCAAAUGAUUGGCUUGACUUUUGCUGAGUGAAAUGGAUUUUGAGGUUGUGUUUUGACUACAUUUGCUGCGCAUGUAGGAAGAGUUCAGGUUUAUUACUUAGUGUUCCGGUCUAACACCGAUUGUAAAUAAUCACCUUUCUCUCUCGGUAAUGUUCAUGUUUUAUGUUAAACUGUCUUAAAAGUUUUGUGGGUUUCCUCCAUUCUCCCAGACGCCUCACCCACUUCCUCCUGCCUUGUUAAUAAUGGUGGCCAUGACCUUAAAAAAUGCUGAGGCCCUGAAUGCAUGCGGCCCGCGGAGCCCUCCCUCCUAGUCCCCUCGCCCUGCAGUGGUCUCUGUGACAUGGGCGCAGAGGGACACCCCUCAUUCAUUGCUUAGGGUUCCGGGAAACCCCUUUUUCAGCCAAGGCCUCUGCAGCUGCUAUAGGGAGAGCAUCACCUCUGGGAGGUUUGGCUCCCAGUCAACGUGAACAGGACCCAGAAGGGGUCUGGAGUGACGAGUUGCAUCAGCUCCGGGGUCCCUGAGCUUUGAGUCCAGUCCGGGCAAUGGUGCCUAGAGCUGGGCUAUCACACUGGGAUUCUCUCCCACCUGGGACACAGCAGCGAGGACAGCUAUGCAAAGUCACAACACCGAUGGCCCCUGCAGUUCUAAGUGACAGGGAGAGAGGGGUGGCAUGCACCCCAGAUGUGAGACAAGCCUGCCCCCACAACCAUACCUCCCUACCUCUGCCGACCGCUGGCCCUCCCUCCAUCAGGGUCCUUCCGGCCACUGCACUUGGCUUCUCACAUCAGGGAGACUCCUGAGACAGUAGUCGUGGUCUCCCUGGGACCAGAAACUGGGAAGAAGUGGGGGCACCCCUGCCCCCAUCGCUGACUCUUUCUCACGCUUGCAAGCUCGUUUCAGCCUAUACUUAAACCCGUGCCUCCUGGGCGGGAAGACAGCGUGAAGAGGGUAUGCUUGCCCCACCCUCCUGCUGGGUGUAGCUAGAUUUUCUGAGAAUUACUGCAUACCCUUCCCUGUUUCUUUCUCCCAUCUUUGAGGAAACAGAAGGGUUUAGCCUUUGCUGUUUUUAAUGUUCUCUCUGAACCUGCCAACGUGGCAUCUUCCUCCGACAGACAUUCUGUGGCCUCCUCGAGUGUGCCCGAGGCCCGCCGGGAAACCCCCAUACACACCUGCGUCAUACAGGUGGCUCCUCUGGGCUUAUAGACCCGGUGCUUCCUGUUCUCAAUAGUCCCCUGGGCUCGACAGGAGAGAACAAUCCACAUACCCCAGUUCCAGCAGGGUGAGGGGUUGUCACAGGCAGGACACAGCUUCAGGGUGUAGUGAGGAUUGUGAAGCUGAAGAGAAAGGAACAGAAGCACAAAAGUGCCCUUGUUGUGUCACGGGAGGGGCCUGCGGCUGGGUUUGGGCUCUGCCUUUGGAGGGCAUUUGGGACCACAGCCAGCUCUGUGCGUUCUACUACAGUGGGGGGCUGAGCUGGCUCUCCAGUCCCAGGGAGACGCCCCACGGCCACCGCCUCGCAGUCCAAGUCAAGGACUCGGCCACAGGCACGUGUGAGUUUCUCACUGGGCUUCAUGGUUUUAACCAGAUUUUGGGAACCACGUGAGCCCAAGCCACACAGAUAAAAAACAGCAACACUCAAAAUGAUUCCAUUCAGUGGGAGGCUUCUCCUGGCAGAUGACACCGUCCUGCUUGCUGUGUCGGCACCGAGUGAACAUGAGGGGCUCGGGCUGAUCCCCUGUGGGUGCCUUUCGCCUGUUACUUUGCGCCUGAGUUGAAGCGUGGCCCCGAUGUUGUGCAGUUAAAUGGUGUCACCUGUGUGUUCACUGAUGUUAACAGAUCUGAUUUGGGGGACCCUGUAAGCCACCCGCUGUUACCUACCGCUCAUGAUGAGUGUCACUUCUUACCGUGUGCAGCAGGGUCCACGGUGAGCUGGGGCGUGAUGCUGAGGCCUGUCGGGCAAGCGUUGAAGUGACGAGGGCCCUCCCUGCUGGCCUGCUUGGCAGCCAUUCUCAAGUCCCCCAGAUGAGUGUCUCUUGAAGGAGACCUCGCGGAGCCCUUGCUGCCAGCACCUGAAGUGGGCUGCUCCUUGACCUCCCCUGCCCUGGGGCCUGUCCACCCCAGCCCUUCCUUCCAGUACAGCCUGCGGGCAGCACAAGGACCUUUCAAGAAAACGGCGUUUGCCAGCUGGGGCUUCACUGGAGCACCAGGCACAUCCACUUCCGGGGGGAGCUACCAAAACUACCCCCCUUGGGGGCCCUGAUGUGCCCUCUCCUGCUGGGUAAAAUGGAUCAGGCCUCAAGGGAAGCAGGAAGACGGGGCUUCACGGGUUUCAGUCUGAGCGCCCCACCUCCCCGGGUUCCUGGAGGUCCCAGUGCCACCCCGUCUGAACGGUACCACGGGGACGUGGUUCUUCUGAGGGCAUUUCAGUGGCCAUGGUAGCGAUUUUGUUUUUGUACCUUUCCAUUUUUUUUUACAAUUCUUCCAUUAUGUCCCUCGGGGGGGGGGGUCUCUUUCCCAUGACCUUUGGCACACAGGCCACCCGCGCUGAAUCAUAAGCAUCUCAUUUUUAAGUCCUCGGCCAAUUAAAAAUGGUAGCAAAUGUCCUGUCAUCCAAAUUGCUACUAAAAUUCACCACCAACCCCACACAAGGGGUUUUCAUUUUCAUAGUCAUGAUCCCUGGGGUAGGGAGGGGACAGACAUGACUUUCUCCAUAGAACACCUAUGUUUAAGUCAGUCUGUGUCACUGGCCCUCCCCGUUGUCGGCUCUUCCCUUGCAGCCAUAUCGGUGCAAUGCCCGAUCCUCGCCGAAUCCAGUGUGAAUCGUUGCCUCUUAUUUGAUGAGCGUUAUUUUAAUGUUUUUCUCUGUAUUCCUUCCAAAGCACGAGUCAAUGCAAGUAACAUUUUUUAACCAGAGUGCAAACAUGUGCGUAUGUCUGUAUAUCUAAUAUGUAAUUAUGUAAGCCCUGUUUUUAUGAUGCUGGGUGGAUAACUUAACCUUGAUUUAGCCAUGUUACCUAGGAAAUGCAGUCGCUUGCACGCUGUCAGAGGUUUGCACUGUUGUAGAUACACGUGGCCUAUAUACAUAUGCACAUAUAUACAUAUUUAAAAAUAACAUGGGCUCUCCUGGGCACUUGCUCCCUCUGUUUCACUCCAUGGGAACACAGAUCAGUGCAGACCCUGGGGUGCCAGCCCACCUUACAGACCACGAUCCUGCUUUGUAUAUCUCUGUACAGUUAUGGCCUUAGAUUUGUACGUGCAUUUUUUUGCAGACUUGAACUUUGUUUUCUGAAAUUAGAUGCCAUUUAUGAAAAUGUGACACAAAUCAAAUAAAGCACCGUUAUUUUCA